GCUCGUCGAAGACAUUGACAAAACCUUAAGGUAUUUGUUGUUAUCUUCAAUGGUUGUCUUGCGUUGGUUGGAGAGAACUACUAUUUUGGCAGGCCUUUGGUAGUGCUGUUCAGAGGGCGUCUUGUGCACUGUUUCGGGUUUUCGUUUGCUUGGUUGUCAACGGGAGUUUCAAAGCAAGCAACGUCAGCCAUUUUGGUUCUCCACGGGUGAUGAGAAAAUAUCUCAGCAUAUAGUCUUCGAUUCAAAUCGCUGACCUGAGAACAACAUGCGGGUGCUACAGACCAUCACGCGGGCCCUGACCCGCAAGAAGCACAUCAGUCCGGAGGCGAUGAAGACUAGUCAUCUGGUAAGGUAUAUGACGACCCUUGACCUGACCCUCCUUGGGACCGGGAACACCUUGGGGGCUGGGGUGUACGUUGUCACUGGCGUACUGGGGAAAUACACCGCUGGACCGGCGAUGAUACUGUCCUUCUUCAUUGCUGCCGUCGUUGCAACUUUGGCCGCUCUGUGCUAUGCUGAGUUCGGCGCCCGAGUACCCAAGGCUGGCUCGGCCUACGUCUACACCUACAUCUGCAUGGGAGAGGUAUGGGCCUUCCUCGUGGGAUGGAGUGUCUUUCUACAAAAUAGCAUCGGAGCUGGUUCCGUUGCGCGUAGUACCAGUGCCUACAUAGACUCUUUGGUUGGUAACAAAAUAGACGCCUACAUGACGGUAGCCAUGCCGAUGAACUCAGGCAUUCUAGCAAAGUACCCGGAUUUCAUUGCACUGGGACUUUGCAUACUAUUAGCAGCUGCUCUCGCAUUUGGCGCCAAAAUAUCAUCCUCCCUUAACAACAUCUUCACUGGCGUUAAUUUAUUCAUCAUCAUCUACGUCAUCGUCUGCGGGCUGUUCCGAUUGGACAUCAGUUACUGGCAGAUACCUGCGGAUCAAAUCCCUAAGGGGCCAUGCAAACCGUUGUCUGGUAACCAGACGUCAGAGGAGUGUGAGAACUAUGGCACCGGGGGGUUCAUGCCCUAUGGCUUCGGUGGGGUGCUGGUUGGUGCAGCUAUGGGUUUCUACGGUUUUAUCGGCUUUGAUGUCAUCUCAACCGCAGCCGAAGAGGCUCAUAACCCGCAGCGAUCGAUCCCUCUAAGUACAAUGGCUACCGUGUUCUUCGUAUUCCUCUCAUUCUUCGGUGUUUCGCUGGUACUCACCAUGAUGUGCCCGUACUACCUGCUGGAUGCAAGGGCGCCCCUACCGAUGGCCUUUGAAAGGAUUGGUUGGACGUUUGCCAAAUAUGUCGUCACGGUGGGCGGGAUUGUCGGUCUUCUGACGAGUUUGCUAGGAUGUAUCUUCGCUCUUCCUCGGUUCAUUUAUUCGAUGGCUUCAGACGGUCUUCUCUUUAGUUGUUUAGCAAAGAUUGACGAGAGAUUCCACAUGCCCGUCAAUGCCUGCAUGUUCUGUGCGGUCGUUGCAGGCGUCAUGGGCAUGAUGCUGGACAUCAACUCCUUAGUAAACAUCGUGGCUGCUGGGACAUUAAUGCCUUACGGCCUAGUUGCAGCUUGUGUCUUGAAAUUAAGAUAUGAACCAGAUUACGCAUCAAUAGCAGCAGCCACACAACUGUAUCCUACGGUGGGUGAGAGAGACCAUACUCCGUACGUGGAUUCUUUCACUGCCUUACUGAAACAAGCCGUCAGUCCACGGUAUGCAGAGGCCACCUUACUUUCUUCACGGGUCGUCACCUGGGCAGUUUUCAUUAUGACUCUUCUUUUCGUAGGCAUUUCAUCAAUGGUGGUAUUUGCAAUGGACGCUCUUUCAUCUCACACACCGUGGGCUUUAGCCGUGACGUCAUCAAUGAGCGCCCUCAUCGUUAUCUUACUGAUAGUCAUAGCAAGGCAGCCUCAGAGCAAUACUGAACUAGCAUUUAAAGUUCCGAUGGUUCCCUUGAUACCGGCUGCCAGUCUCUUCAUUAAUGUGUAUCUCCUUGUCCAGCUCGAUGGUAUGACGUGGGCUCGUUACAUGACGCUCAUGGGUGUUGGCGUGGUCAUCUACUUUGGCUAUGGUAUAUGGAAUAGCAAAGAGCGAGGCAUAAGCCCAAUGCGUUUGCGUCAUGAGAAACUCCAAGCUGUCGCCAGGAAAGCUGCGAAAAGGGACGAGAAAGACAGACAAAGAGAAUUGGAGAGAAGCGGGAAAACUGCAGUUUUUAGCGAAAACGGCAACGCCCACAAUGUCCGACCGCCGGCGUUAGAUACUUCUCCUCUGUUAUAAUGCGUUUCGUUAACAAAACAAACUGUCUUUAUAUUUAUUAAAGUAGCCUACUCUGAAAUUGUCGGCUACGAUAAAGAGAAAAUCCUGUUCGGUCAGAGAAAGGGGAGUUCUGAGAGAUUGCUUUAUGUAACACUUCUGUUCUCAUGAUGUGGUCGGUUGCUGCAGCGGUCUCGAUGCGGUCGCCAAGUAAAACUGGUAUAGCGCCACCAAGCUAUGCUAAUUAUGCAGUAGCCUGAACAUCUGACGUCACACUUCGAGGCUCGUUUAUCCUUGCGGGCGGAUGAAGUCAGGGGCCCAGCCUUAAUUAUGCAGCAGCGUGUCAACCGCCAUGAGUUGUGAUUGGAUGAAUAUUAUCCUGCUGAAAUGAAACAAUUGAGGGCGCUGUCCGGUUCGCGCCACUACUUCUUAUUGAGUAUAAUACAGACAAUCUAUGCACGACACAUUCAAAGUUGCCAAGUCU